GAUCAUUAAGACCUCCAUCUCAUUAGCCGGGUUCCAUUCCCCCCGUCGAAUCUUUCAGUCUGACACAACCAUAUUAACAUUUCUAGCAUGGCUCUCCAAAUAUUGAAGGAGACCAAAGGAACUAUGGCAGCCAGACAUCGCCUCCCAAGUCCACCUAGUUCUCCAUCACGUCGCGCUACCUCUUCUACUACGUCUGGCAUUGCGUUCAGGUCGAAGCUACUUGCUGCACUGGAUGCAGAAAUGGAGGCCCUUAGACUUGAAUCUGCAACCCUAAUGGGACUUUCCAGAACGAAGACAGCCACGAACGAAGGGAAGAAACUGGACACACUUGUUCCAAAGACUUCGCAGCGAUCGAUUGCUCAACCAUCUAUACCAACAGGGUUCAUCCUUUCUUUCUUAAAGAUAAGCCCACGAGCAUUGCCGCUUCCACUACCUCGGCGCCGGAAAUGAAACCGUGGAGUGGCGAGAAGACAAAGACGAAAACGUCUUCCCUUCAAGAGAUUGCCUCUUUAACCGCCAUAACUACUAUUGACUUGACAGUUAUGGGUGAUGAAGUUCUCGACGAAACGCCGAGCCCGAGCGUCGAGAAGCCGCUUUAUAACUACAAGGACUUUUCUCCCGAACCCACAAUAGUGUAUACAUGUCACGAAGAAGAAGCAAAUGACCUUGUACAGUCACUACAAGGACCCCUUGGAUUCGACUUGGAAUGGCGGGUUAUCUUUCGUAAAAAUGCUGCAUACCGAGAACGACGCACAGCGUUAGUGCAGCUAUGUGAUACAAGAAUGAUCCUACUCAUACACGUGAGCUCAAUGAAAAAAUUUCCUCAGAAAGUGAAGGAGAUCAUAGAAUCCCCUGAAAUAGUAAAGACAGGGGCGAAUAUUCGAAACGAUGGACAAAAGCUCUUCCGAGAUUUUGGUGUCCUUGCAGAGAAUCUUGCCGAACUAGGGGGUCUAGCUCAGCAAGCGGACUCAAACUUCAAGACAAUACACAAACGUUCAAUUGUCAGCCUAGCAAAGAUGGUCAACAUGUAUGCAGACAGAACUAUGGACAAGGGUCCUGUCCGAAUCGGCAACUGGGAAGCGGCUCCGUUGUCGGAUACUCAAAAGCAUUAUGCAGCAAAUGAUGCACACUCCGGACUAAUGGUUUAUAAACGACUGAUAGACCUUGCAGAGCGGAACAAAGUCAUCCUUAUACCCUCUAAAUAUACCUCCAACCUCAGGCAGGACUAUGCAUCUGGCAAACUCACGGCUGCCAUGACUAAGACCUGUAUCUCUCAGUCGAUCAGUUUGAGUCAAGCAACGUUCACAGCUCCUACGCCCUACACAACACCAACCAGUUCACAAGUGUCGACACUCGCCACUCAGAUCACUCAAUGGCGAUCGAAGACUGAGGUCCAACCAGGAGAUCCGCCUCGCUUACAACACGUCCGCGCGUAUAAUCUUUGGUACAAAGAGAAUAUGUCUCUACAGGUGAUAUGCGCCAAGUUGAGGAGUCCAGAUAACCCCCUCGCAGAAAGUACUGUUAUUUCAUACGUCGUCCGAGCAAUUCAAGCAAACCCCUCGUUACCAUUCGACAUGGUCCGUUUGAAAGCUUUCGUACAACUUGAAGCUGGUUCAUGGACGAGACAUAGAGAAUGGCUACUGGAGAUGGACUCGUUAUUGGCUGACGGUUAAUAAAUGCUUGGUUCAAAAGUGGUCUGCAUUGACUUUGUAUUUUUUAUUUACUAAUUAUCUUGUACGUCGUCGCUUGGCUUGACAAUGUAGGAAUAUGUCCAAAUUCUGAACCCGUCACCGAAGGAGAAACAGGAGGAUGGCGCUCGGGAAAACAGCGGUGACAACCCAGUUUCUCACUGCAUAUAUCCGCUACGUGAAGCCGCUCACACCCGACGAGAAUUUUUCGAACACAUCCAGAGGGAAUACGUUGGCUAGGGCCUGAUAUCCUGCCACAUUCAGAUGUAGAAAGUCCCCUGAGUUGAAUUGGGGGUUCAACCGCGUGCCAUUGUUUGGAUCUUUGGCUGCCGCAUCGAAAUCCACAACCGCAUCAUAAAUCCCCGUGCUGACACUAUCCCUGAUCCAAGUAUUGAUUCUCUGUCUCGUCCUUUCGCGAUUGGGGUCAGAAUAUGGCUGUAUAGCAGCGCUCGGGGCCCCAAACGGCGUUAUUGUGGCAAUGAAGAUUGGAAUGCCGAAAGCGUGCACGCGAGUCGCGAUUUGCUGGAAAGCGUUAACCAACCGGUCAUAAAGUGCAUCUUGUACGGAAGCAGUAGUGGCUGCGGUACCGAUAUCGUUAACACCCUCGAAAAUCAUCGCGAACUUGACGCCAGACUGAGCGAGGACAUCACGGUCAAUGCGACCUUGAGCAUUAGGUCCCAGACCGUCAGCAAGGAUACGGUUACCGCCGGCCGCUUGAUUAACCACAGCGAUGGACUUUGUGGGCGUAUUUGCUUGCAUACGAGC